AUGGUGGGAAAAUGCAGCAGCGUUAAAACAAUCCCUAAAGAGGAACCAGCUGUCCUUGAGCGUACUAAAAGGAUGGAAGAGCUUCUCUCAAAACUGACAUGGGCUGAGGAAAACUACCCUCAACCUCAAAAGCCCCAAAGAAACGAAUCUGCCGUCACCACUGCACCAAAAGCGAGACCAGUGUCUCAUUGCCCAGAUGAGGAAGUGGUCAAGACUUCAUGGGAAGACGCCAUUUUUGAUAAGGCGCCAUGUGCUGCCUCAAACCCCGGCCACAUGGCUGAAGAUAUGGAUCUGAAAAGGCGAUUAAAACCAAAUUCUCCACCACGGCGUCCUCUCAAACAAAGAAACAACAACCGGCGUGUGAAAAGAUCUGCUGCUGCUGUCAGAAAAUGUAAGUCAGUAAGAUUUCAUGCAAAUCUUGUUGUACACGUGAAAAAAGAGGAUACACAUAUAUAUAGCAUCCAUGUAGCAGAAGGGCCUGUUAGAUCUAUGCCAUUCAACCUUAUCACAAUUAUGUAAAGAGUGUCACUACAGUUUUUUUUAUGAUAAAGUGUUAACCCUCGGGGCAUCUUGGGGACAAAAGUGGCCAUUUUGGGUGUUUUUUUUUUGUUUUUCUCUCAGUAACCCGGUCAGUUUAAAGGCUAGCUGUAUGAAAUUUUGGCAUUUUUUUUUUUUCAUAUUUAUUUCCUUAAUUCCAAAAGCCUGUGUACUGGAAGUGUUUAGAGUAGGAGAUUUGCAUCACACCGACACCUGUUACCCUUGUUGACUCCCAUUAUGACCACAUAUUUGUCAUACGCUAUAAUCCUAACAUAUUUCAAUGCCAUUUCUAUUUAUACCUAAUAGAUCUAAGCUUUUACCUUCAAAAUUUAGGGAAAAUGUGUUUUAGGUGUAAUGACCCGCUUUAACCACCAGAGGCCAUUACAUAAAGUUUUGGGGAAAUUUCAGUGAAGGCCUGGGUUUCUUACCUCGCAAAAUGCAUAGAAAUAACACAGCUAAACACCAUAAAUUGGCCUUGGUCUAUUAGCAGCGAUAUAAAAUAGUGGUUUGAAUAUGAAUGAGGAAAAAAAAAAAAGCAUCAAGAGAGCCCUUUUGACCUGGGAUUUUUGAUUUUCCUCUAAAGGGUCCAUCUGUAAGGGAAUAAUCAGCCCUCCUGACUCUCAAAUGAAUCCUCAAAAUUCAACUCAGAAACAUGCUUCUCAUUCUCCUCAGAGUACUGCAAGACACACACACACACACACACACACACACACACACACACACACACACACACACACACACACACACACACACACACAGUCAGUUUUUACGCACCUGCAAAAACAUGCUAUUUACAUAUCCGACAGGAAUGCGGAGGCUUCCUUUUGCCCUCGAAAAAAAUCAAAUUUCAAACACAACUUGACUGCUCAUUUCUCCAAAAGACAACCAUGAAGCGUCAUCUAAACCUGAAGCAGGCAGUUGGUGCAUGUGUACAGUAACCUGAGGGGAGUGAGGUGACUGCUUCUGAGGAGAACAUGAGCAGUGAAGAUUCACCUUGGAGCCAGGACAGGGAUGUGCACAUGAUAAUACAGGGGCAGGGGCUCAAUUUUUUUCCAGUCUGUUUUACUUUAUGGAAAUUAAUGUUAAAUUAAAAAAACAAAGUAUUAAUAGAAAGGUAAUGACUGUCCUGUGUAGGUGACAGUGAUAUGCAAUAGCCAUUUCUUUUGUGUCAACAAUCUAUUGUCAAUAUGACAUGAUCAAGAUGGUAAUAUUUCAAACACAGAUUACCUACAUGCUGAAAUUACUAUCUAUCUAUCUAUCUAUCUAUCUAUCUAUCUACCUGUCUGUCUGGCUGUCUGUCUGUCUGUCUGUCUGUCUAUCUAUCUAUCUAUCUAUAAACUUUAUUUCAGACCCAAUAAGUCCAUAUCAUACAAAAUUAUUAUUAUUAUUAUUAUUAUUAUUAUUAUUAUUAUUAUUAUUAUUAACUUGUUAGCCCACACAAUAGUAGCAAAGUCACAAUAAACUUUAUAUCUAAACCUGGAACCUGUACUUCAGACCUGUAGUGAGGAAAAUGUGAUCCUCCAUAAACACGAAGCAUUUGUCUAUUUUGUACAGGAUUUCCUGUCUGGCAUGCUCUGCUCUGUGCUGAAUUGAUGCACCGUGCUCUCUCUCUGGCAGCUCUGUGACAGAGUGGAGCCGCCAGAGACAGAGAAGUGGCAGGCUCAUCUCACACAAAAACCCGUAUUACAAGAAAAUGGGUAAGGUAGAAUACCGUGGAGUUUUUGUACCACCGUUUUGUUUUUUUACAUCCCUAACAGGAAUUAAUUAAUGUUAUAAAAAAAAACAAAAAAAAAAAAACGAGGGCACCUUUUAAUACAAGGCAAAAAGGGCAGGGGCUCAAGCACCCCUAGGGCUCUAUGUGUGUGCAUGAGCCAGGAGGAUUCAGGACAGGGAUAAUGCAAUUUGAGAAGGGGAAACAAAGAGGAGAAGGAGAGGUUUGAAUCUCUCAUGUGCCAAAAAUUAUUAUGCACUAAAAUCAAUAUCUUGAUCAAAAAUCUUUAUCAAAAAUAUUUAACUUUGCACCUCAUUUCUGGAAAUAUUGCAUAUUUUGUGUUUUUCCCAUUAAAAAAAUCAGGGGUUCUUACGACAAAAGACACUAAAAACCUAAAAAAAUAUAAAAAAAUUAUAAUAAACUUAAUAUCUAUGGAUAGGUCUGGAGUUGUUGACAAGAUAUAAUGCUUUAAAGUAAAAAAAAAAAAGAAUGUAUAAGGUUUUUAAUGCACUGUUAUACCGGCCACUUGUGGCCACAAGUGUCAGUAAAUUUUAAGGGGUGCACAAGGGUUAAACUGACAUGAUUUUAAGGUUGUAAGUUAUUACUUUCAUAAUGGAGGACACAUUUUGAUUUGAUUUGUCCAUAUUUUCAGGGUUCCUGCUCUUUUUGAUGGCAUCACAUGUUCCUGUCUCUGAGGGACUACCAGGUACGUGGUGUACACAGUAGGGAUGGGUGAUGUGGGCCAAAAAAAUUUAGCACGAUAAGAUUUGCUAUUCUGGCGAUAAUGAUAAAAGUCCUGAUAUAGUAAUAUAUUAAAAAUAUUAUAAUUCCAAUCUAUAUUUUUUAAUUCAUUUAGUCUUGAGAACACCAUUGUGCAUCAUCAAAUAAGAUAUUUGACCACAAGUUUGAGUGGAAGGUUAUGGAGAAAACUAAUGACAUCAAACACGUCUGACGUCUGAAAUGUGAAAACAUUUUCAACAUUUACUGAAAACUCUUAUUGCACGGAGUGAACAGCAGCAGAUCCACUCUCCGGUGUCACGCAGACCUGAUUGCGCUCGUCCCUCAUGUGGAGCCUCGUUCAGUAACGAGCUGCUCAGAAACGUCCUCUUUAUUAUCUUCGGCCAUGUUUGUUUGUUAUUCUGCUCUGUGUGGGCUGUGGUUGCGAGUCCGUCGCUCGCGCUUAUUGUCAUCAAAUUGCAUUUCUCUUAUUUAACAUUAGUUGGCUGUGCAGUGUUUUCUGAGGCUGCGUGGUGACAUGUUGUUUCAAAAUCACUGCAGUGUAAACACACAGCUGAAAUGGAACAAAAAUAAUGCUGCCUCACUCAUUGAUACACUGACCUUUUAGAUAAGGCCGACCUUCGAUUUAUUUGAUUUCAGACUCGGGCUUUGUGACUUUGAUGUUUUUGACUCGGUAACAUCAUGUGUUUGUGUAAAACAAGAAGAACAGCAGACAGAUGUAGAACUUGUAAGUUAAAGACAGUCUGUGAUCUUUAACUUUUGGUCAUUCACAGCACUUCUCACUGUUAUGGACAAGGAAAUUCACACAGUUUUCAUAUCAAACGGGCCUCAAGUUUCCCUGAAGUUUUGCUUUUACUCUGCAUGACUAAAAAUUCUGUUUUUAUUCUAUUUUUCUUAUUUUAUCUGCCAAAUGCUCAAUCUGCAGAAUAGCAAAGGUACUGUUUAUUUAAGACGGCCCGUCUGUUGAGUCAAACUGCAGUGAUUUCAUAAUUCAGUGUCCCGAAGACGCUAACUUUUCACAUCUUUUGCUGAUCAAUGUUUUUUUCUAGGUUCGACCGAAAUGAAGUGUUAUAACUGCACGGACUUGACCAGGUGCUCAAGUACCGACACAAUAUAUGACAAAGAAAAAAACCAUAAGCUGUACGAAAGGGAUCAAGGCAAACCGCUCCCAGACUGCAAUGGUACCACUACACCUACUGGCAAUAACAUCUGUGCAGUGUGCAACAACACAUCCACCAUCCUCAUCUACUGCCCGAAGAAUGUUACAAGCUUGGAUGUGGAGGGUGGUGGUGUCCAUAUUGAGAACAUCUCCUCUGUCUGUAAGUAUAACAGAAUGAAUUUAACACGAUUCUGUUUUUGGACAUGUCCCAAAGACCACCGCAAUGUGAUUUAACGAUGACAUAACUUUGAGUCCUGCUCCCACUGAGUCCAUCAGGGUUUAGGGCUUUCUUACCAUCGAGAGUGUGGGGGAACUCUUCCCGAUCUUGAACCCCUUCUGUUUGUGGACAUCUCUGCAGACAGGGAAUUACCCAUAGUUCAUAGUAUUCCAAGGAGAAGCCUGCAAGUAUGGGGGAAAAAAAGAGUGCCAUGAGACGUAAAUUUAAAAAUAGAUUUAAAUAAGGAGGCCUCAACACUGACAGUUAGAAAAUGAGUUUGUAAGUAUAAAUAGAAAAAGAAUCUCUGUAGCCACAAAUUAAAUACACCUUUAAACAAUGUCAGUGUCUAAAACAUGAAGACAGAUCGAAGGUUGUAGGUUUUCCCUCUUCUUCUAAAUUUAUAUACUGUAGACUUCACUUACAAGCUCUUCACUUGUACUGUAAAGAUAAUAUUUAGAUUUGAUUAUAUUAGAUACAACUUUAUUUUGGUAAGGUUCCUUCAAGAAAAUUCAAAGUAUAAUAAUAAUUAUCAAUAAAUAUUAUACAUCAUAUUAUAUUAUAUUAUAAUUAAUAUGUGUGUUUGACAGGUCCACAGCAGCAGACCCCUGGCCAUGGACACGGGGUAAUCGCUGUAGCCGUUGGUAAGUAUUACACAAAAACAGUGAAUGUCAGUUUAUGGUAACAGUAAUACACGUGAUAAGCUUUAGUGACGCCUGAUUGAUUGUUGUCUUGUCACAACAUCAAAUUUUCUGUUUUCAUUUUCAGUCGUCCCUUUGAUUUUGCUUGUGGUGGUCGGGGUGCUCCUGUACUGCGUAAGUGUGACUCACUUCUUGGCAUCCAUCAAAAUAACAUGAGUCAUUGGAGCAGUAUAAUUUCUAACCACAUAUAUUCUGGGAUUAUUGUUUGUUUGUAGACAGUAAGUCAAAUUAAAACUUAUUUUUGUAUUCUUGACUUUCAGUGCUACCAGAAGAAGAGGUAUUUAUUCUCUCAUUUGAUAUAUUCCAUUUCUAUAUUGCCAUUAUUUUUCUAUUUCUAUAGUUAAAAAAAACUUUUCUGAGACAAAAUCAUGAAUGCUUUUUACUUGAAUCUUGGUCAUGGCAGUAUUACACAGUAGUUUCAAAAAUAUUUACUGCAUUAUCAUAUUAAACAGAUAUCAGAGGCCUUUAAGUGUGCUGUGAAUAUUUUCUACCACAGUACCUUUACAGGAAACACUAAAUUCAUGUUUUUCUUUUUUUUUAGGGCAGCACAAAAUGCAGAGGUCAUUUGAUCAGCGGUUCACCGAUACAUCUAUCCUCUUCAUAGGAUUUUUCUUUUAACUGUCAGUCAAUGCAUUAUCAUACAGUUAUUAUUCAUUACACUGUGAAAGUUGUCAGUGUUGACAUAAAUAUUUUAAUAAAUUUUAUCAUGGAGAUACAUAGCUGUUUAUUUUAGUCUGCUUUGUAACCUAUGAAAAACUCCUCACAGCAGCUUUAAACAGGGCACACAUGAAAAGAUGAAAGUGUUGAUCCUGAUUAUCCAGUGGUCCUUUAAGAAGCAAGCAUCUUCUUUUACUCAGUUUGGGUAACGUCUCCUUUAAAAGCACAUUGAUUAAAAAAAAAGUUUUUUUUUAAAGAGAUAUUAGUGCUAAAAGGAUUUUGUGCAGUUUACAAAUGGGUGUUAUCAUUUAUAUGUCUGUAAUAAUAAUUUGUUUUGAUAAUCAAAGCUGCAGAAUCGCCCAAUAAAUCUUAAAGUCACCAUUGUCAUGCUUGUUUGGGUGGUUCAAUGCAUUUUUGCUCAUUAUUCUUCCAUAUAUUUUGAUUCAAGGGUUUUAAAUGCAUAAAGGUUAGGUUUUCACAGUGGGUGGAGUGUGAUCUCAGUUAUGUUGACACUGUUCCAUUCUUGUUCCUCUGAUAUUCACGCCUGCAUUUCUCUUUUACCAAAAGAAACAGAAGCACACUUGAGCUCCCACAACCAGGUUACGUAUUUACAAACAACACUUUGACAGAGGUAUGAAAGUGUGGGCGUACCAUCAGUGAGCAAAACGAUAGUUUAAGAAUACAUUUCUUUAUCUGUCAAUAUUUUCUGUGUUACAUGACUUCUUUUAAUAAACACAGACCAACUCUGUUAUUGUCUCUAUCAUCUCCUGAAAGACAUUACUCCUAUAAGGAGGUUUACUUUGCAAGUUCAAGUGAACUCUCCACCUUCCAAAGUCAGUUUAUCUGCAGCAACGCUAACAGGGACCAAAACAGGAAAAUGCACAAGCUGAGUUGUUUAUCCUACAAGAAUAAGAGAAAACAUGAAAUGAAGGAGGUAAAUAAGAAGUCCCAUGAAGGCUGGUUACAGGCAAUCGUGUUUACAGUUGAUCUCUUGUCAAGAAGGCAAAGAAGGCACCCACAGGGUUUAAAUAUGGUCUCUGUUGCCACCCUGUGGUGUAAGCUUUGUCCUUAAUGGCUCCAAGAUGGAUUCACAUCACAGAGCUCUGACUGUGAAAAUGAUGCAGUAAAAUGCUCCGAAAAGGGAGUUUGUAACAUACCAAUCGGUCAGGAUCUAGAUAGAAAAUCUCCUCCUAAUGAAGCAACAGUCUCCCAUGAGGAAUCUAUCUGUGCUGCAGCCAUUUCCUGAGAAGAUGAAGAAACGAAACUCAGGGAUGGAUAAAGUGAACGUGCUAGAAAACCACAACACUCUGAGAAGACAGGAGAUGCCGGCAGUUUGAGUUUGGUGUCUGUCACUCGGGUUAAUCUUUUCGGUUAGACACAAAAAAAGUUACAUUCUUUAUGUAUGAAAGCUUCACAUGACGGACUCAGUCAGCAAGGGCUGUUUUUAAUUUCACUUUUGGUUUCUUCAGGUCAUGGUUUAUGCUGAUCUAUAGCUAUAUAUGUGCUACAACAGAACUUAGACUUAUUGAUGUAUUUAUUAAGGAAAACUCUUAUUGUAAAGGGUUGGAAAUGCUAAAUCAGUCUUUCCUUGGUCACGCCUCCACCUCUGAGUCAGAAUGAGGAGGUCCUUAAUGAGUUCAAAUGGGAGGAGAUCCAGCUCCAUGUCAUUUUCUUGAUAACUCUUCUCCUUGCAGCCAUAUUUUCUCUGCCUUUUUGGACUGAAGCCACACUACCAAUGAAAAGAUACUUCUAUUCACAGCCGCUGGGUAAGUUUCAUAAUUUUUAAUUCCACUGCAUCACGAGAGCAGCAGAAGAGAUACGGGUGAUCUGCAUGUUUCAUCAUUCAUUUAUUCAGCUUUACAAGUCAGUCGGUUUCCAUCUUUAAACUCGACUAUUGUGGAGGUUAAAGCUCUUUAAAAAAUUAGUUACAGCAGUAACCAAGUUGUGAUUCUUUCAACGUCUUGAAACCCUGCCACCUCAUAUGUGGACAUGAUGUUUUUGGUCUUCCUCUGCUGUAAUGAUACAUUCUGAUAAACUCAGACCCGUUGGCCGGUGUGUCUACUGCCAAACACGAGCCUCUCAUAUGAGGAAACUGGGACUCAAAGCGAGACCUGGAUCAAACCAGUACAGCCAUUUUGUUUACCGCCUGAUUCCAUAUCUAAACUGGUUACAGUAGUUAAAGGAUUAUUGGCAUUUUUUGCAUAAGAAUGGUUGUGUGUUAAAAUUUCAUCAAACAGGUGUAAAAUCAUAAGAAUAAUUCACUCCAUUUAGAUUUUAUGUGCUGAGGGAUAAUUAAGGGAUUUCUCUUGUGUGUGCUCUUAUAGCGCUGACCAGCUGCCUGGUGUAUGUGUGAAAGUGGCCUAGACCCUUGUGCCAUAGAGGGCUCAGCUCGCAACUCCUGUGCUACAGAUAAGCAUAGGGGGUACGUCUUCAAGAGCAGCGGACUGUUUUAAGCUUGAGCCUGUUGAUUUCUUUAUCAUUUCCUUGAAGUAAUAAUCACCAUAUUAAUCAUUUUGCACUGAAGACGCGGUAGUUCUUCUGUCUUGGCAUCUCUGAUUGCAUAUCCGUGAAGAAAUAUUCAUAAAUGUUGUUCCUUGAGCUGUGUAACCCCGCUGUAGUCCGUAAUGGACUGGCCUGAGUUGUGUUUAGUCUCUUUGCUAAAGAAAUGAGUCAAAGUUAAAAAGAUUUUUGGUGUCUAGUACUAUGGCUGUGACCCUAUAUGUCCUGUUGAUGAAGUUAGGUGCUGUUCUGAGCAUUAUUUGUGGCUAUAGAGUGGCGUUUUGGUUGAGGUUUGUUUAUGGCUCCUCAGACCGCUGUGUAUUGCUAUCGUGCGGUAGUUACCAAAGUUGGUAUAACUAGAGAAGCAAGCGGUCGGCAACAUCCAUCUCUUGAGGGGGUGGCUAACUCGGUGUUAUGGUGUGUUUGACCCUAAAUUAAUUGUACGCCGGAAUAUCCCUUUAAGACAACUUUCUUAAGUCUUCUUGAGGUUGCCCUCCGUUCUUUUUUUAAGAAUUAUCUUCCUCACCGAUGAGCAUAUUAGUAAUAUUCAGAUAUCUUUAAUUCAGCUCAAUUAUUAUUAUUUUCUUCUUUCCCUUGCAGCUUUAAUUGGACUGAAUUUCAUUUGGCGCUUGCUUUCAGUCUACAUUCUGUCCAAAAUCUCUGUGGCUUUGAAAUUUUCACCUUUUAUUUUUAAAUUACAGAAAAAUAAAAACACUUUUUCAGAACAUCCAUCCAUAUGAAGUGAUGAUGCAACUACUAGUAGUAGUUGCACGGGCUACUGCUUCAGUGUAUUACUGAUCUUACUCAUAUUCAGUUCACACAUCACUGUAUAACUUUGCACAGGAAUGCCCACACAUGCACACAUCACAUUGACACAGAUGCAACAAACACAACAAUAAAUAGGGGAGAUUAGGGUAAGAUGAGCCAGUUUUAAAUCAAUAGCUAUCAUAGUUUUGUCUCUAACUACUGUAUCUGCAUAUAUUUCAAGAUGUUAUUCAUCCCUGCAAACCAACAGAACGAGUGUAAACAGAACUGUCUUGAUAAUAUAGCAUGCUAAAAAAAAGUGGUCUCCUAUGGUCAACUUACCCCGUGUAUGGGGUAAGUGGACUCACCUUUUCUCUCCCUAAUAACAGUCACAUCUUCACAUUCAUGCUUAUUUUUAUCUACGAUACGCUAUUCAACUGGUACAAUAAUUAUUUUUUAUUAUUAUUUCAUAUAACUGCUAAAAAGCUGUUUUUUAAAAAGCCAUUUUAACGUGAGAAUGUCUUUAAGUGAUUGAGAACAUUCACAGAUCUGUAUUUUUGAAAAGAAAAAGUAAAACAUUCCAACAAUCUGAACUGAAACUCUGAUCCUCUCAUCAGACUCCUUUACUUUCUCAGUAACCCCAGAACCACUAUUAUGACUUUAUGGGCUUUUGGUGGACUUGAAUGCGAGGUUACAUGAUCUUUUUUGGUCUGAACACAAUUCUAAUAAAACUUAUGACAGACUAAAUUCACUUUACAGAGUGAAAAAUGUUCUUUUGUAAAUAAAUGUCUAAUCCCUUCACUCAUGUGCUUCUAACCUUCACAGACUCCAUGAAUUGAUGCCCAUUUCCUAAAUAUUUGGUCACAUGAUCAAUUUCUUUUACCAUUUCAAAGCAACAGGGGGUGGCUCAACUUACCCCACUCUCCCCUACAUGUGCUUCGUGCACGCUACGCACACACACGAACUCCCAAACACGCACUAGUUUUCCCAUUAACUACAGCAGGUGUAUCACAGUUUAGUUAGAGCAAACAUGGACGUGAAAUCAGAACAUUUCUCUCUGACCUUAGUGGACACAGCUGCUCUUUGUUACCAUGCUGGUAGGUCUACCGGAGGGUCGAUAUCCUGUUUUAAUCCAGAAUUGCAGGAGCGAAAGUCGACAAAGUGAAGUCAAGGCAGGUUUUCCGUCUGCAACCUGUAGGUAAACGGAUUCAAGGUUAAACGGAUUCAACUUAGUUUUACUCAUAGACUGUAUAUACUAAGGACAACUUGGUUCCGCCUACCGCCUGUAUACGGAUUUGAAGCCAAAAAGCUCUCGGGCUGUGUCCGAAAUGGCCUACUACUCCUACUACUCCUACUAAACCCGCCUCUGAAUUGAGUAGGCAGUGCGUUCACACUGUACAGUAUGCGAAUUUUGUGUAUGCGAGAAAUGCCCGGAUGUAUACUCAAUCGGCUUCGAUUUCUGAGAGUGCAACGGAGCUUGCUUCACGUACUGCUUCUGCCCCACAAUGCAUUGCGCACCUCAACUGGUAAUAUGGCCCUCCUUCCCGAGGCUGAAAAGAAAUGGCAUGUGAUUGCAAUAAUAUAUAUAUAUAGAUAAACAGUAUUUAGUCAGUAUACAUUACACAAUUUUUAUCAUUUUAUCAUAUUUUGAUCUUUUUACCAGAUUUAUUUGUAUUUUAAAUUAGGAUUAUAGGUAAUGUUUUUAACUAUUCGUAUAAAUUGACUUUAUUUAUUUAAGUGUCUAUUAAAGAUGUAUUUAUUACAUCAAGUUUGAGCAUCUUCUCAUCUCUGAAUGCAUCAUCAAAGUGGUUGCUCAUAUUAAGCACAGACCUCUGAAUAAUAAAAAUUAUUAUUGGUCGAGAGCACAUGAUUCAGAAUAUACAAACGGGGGAGUUUCCAGUUGAAAAUCUAUGUGAGCUUUACUAAUUCUUACUUGUGGUUGAAAAUCUGAUGGUUUCUGAAAUUAUCAUUGUACAUGAAAAGAAUGUAGUCGGGAAAUUAUGAAUUUGCCAAGGAAUAACCGAACGAGGUCAUAAUAAUUAUGUUGUGUGUUGGUCAUUUUGCAGCCCUCUGCUGCUCAUCACACGCCUAGCAGGUGGUGUAUAGCAUUAUCACCAUGGAUACACAGAUGUUUGUGUGAUUUUUUUCAUCCACUGCCGCCCGGUUUGUGUCGUGUAGAUGUUGAUUAUGAAAACACUUCGCAAUAAUUUGGAAACGUGAAGGGGGAGCUGCUGCUGCCCGGUGUUUACGGUAAAUAGACGCAAACACCGACCAAGUGGACGCUUCGGUCUCCGAAAACGCCGAGACAAAUUUACAAACAGCCACUAUUUCAAACAACUGGGCUCAUAAUCGUGAUGUAAACACUUACUUUCUCGCUAGAAAAAUUAUUAUUAUUGAAUGAAUUUAUAUAAUUUGUCCGGAAUGCAGUCGUUCUGUGUAGCUUGUGGUAGGACUAUUUAAAUUUUCCCGGCGCUGCGUCCGGCCGGCACGAAAUGCAUUCUGGGGUAUUUAGUAUGUAUGUGUGUAAACGCUCGGGCAGCCGCGGCAUACUCAAAUCAUCUUUGAGUAGUCAGUAGGCAGUAGCUACUGCUUGAGUAGGUAAGUAGAUAGUAGGCAGUAUGCCAUUUCGGACACAGCCUCGGUAUUUCCGAGAUUUUUCUUCAUUUCCUGAAACCAGCUGCGCGGUAGCGAUGCGCGCAUUCGGCCGCGCAGUCGCCGAGAGUCGCUGUGAUGACGCUCGGCUCAAACAGCGUAUCCCCCGGGAGAGCAACGCAAUCUCUGAACGCCCAUAGGCUGUACCAAGUGUCAAUCAUAGAAAACAUGAACCCCCUAAUAACUUUUAAAAACGGAGCUUCACAGAAAAAAGAGGACUGGAGCUCAAACCAGUCUGACUGUAACUACAUGUCAACAUCACAACCGGGGGGGGGGGGGGGAUUUGUGUUCUGUGAAAUAAAUUUCUAAAGUUUGUCCACAGCUCCAAAAGCUUUACUGGCGGAGGUGGGAUUUAUGACCUAUACUGCAGCCCAUCAACAGAGGGUGCUGUUCUCGGAGUGGCUUCACCCAGCGAGGAGGCAGAUGGCGUCCAUUCUAUAUACAGUCUGUGGUUUUACUCCUCACAUAUUUUCUGGGAGCUACAGAGUCCACUGAGUAUAUAAAAAAAAGUAAAAUACUGCUCAAUCUGGUGUAGUCGGCAGCUAUUUGACCAAAGUAACCAUUAACGAGUUAUUUAAAAUUCGUCACUGGUAAUAAUGUUAUCAUUUUUUUAAGUGACUGCUUACACUUCUUAUUAACGCAAACAUUGGUGAAUUUGCGGUCACUAAUCUGCUGAUCGAUCACGGUAUUCUGGUUCGGCUCCUUUCUAUUGUGUUGAUGGGAGGGAAUGCGCAUGUGCAAGUUAGUAACGGGAGUCAGUGGAGGCCUGAGGGAAACACGUGAUCGAUCAGUAAAUUUAGAAAAAAAAAACUCCAAAUCUACAUUUUACUGGAGCUAAUAAUUUUUUUAAUUGGUAAAAAUAUCGACCACAUAAAAAAAAAAAAAACUUAACCUCAAAUUUAACCGUAAUCCACCGUUCUCUACAUGGAGAACAACCCUAUUGCCCCCUAUUGACCAACCGCCAAUGGUAUUUCUAUACCCAUAGGACACAGAGCUGUAGACUUUCUAAUGGAGGAAACAUUUUAAUCUGCUUUAUCUUUAUUUCCAGGGUUCCUCCUUUGUUUGGUGGAAUUUACUGUCCUCAUCGCUCAGGGCCUCUCUGGUAUGCAGUUACAAAAUUGCUCAAUGUGCAAAGUUGUCUUGCAUCUUUGUCUGUAUUUGGUUUAACUGUGUUGAAAAGGAGCUUGGAAGACAUGUAGGUGUUUCCAUCAAUGGUUUUUACUCUGCUUUGUUCACAGUGAAGUGUUUUACGUGCACGGAUGCAAAAAGAUGCCCAAACUUGAGCUCCAUAUACGGCCCAAAAAAUUAUCUUCUAUAUGGCAGGGAUCCCAACCAAAUGUUCUCAGCAUGCUCUGCUCCCUUCCCACCAGCUCUUAAUAAGAGCUGUGCUGUGUGCAGUGAGACGACUAAGAUCCAAAUCUACUGCCCAGAGGAUGUUGGAGACCUAGAGGUAGAAGAUAACCUUGGACUCAUCCAGAACAUCUCUGUCUGUUAGUACCACUUCAAUUAAUUUACUAAGAUUCUCUGCUGUUUUUGGACAGGUCUUGAUCGAGAGACAUCUUAAAAUCUGAGUUAGAUAAUAACUAUAAACACCAGGGCUAAGUAUAAAUUAGUGUUAAUUUUGACAGCUGUUUUAGUUUAAGUUUUAGCCCUAAGAUGAAAAUAGUUUUGACAUUUUUUCAUUUUAUAGUUUUAGCCCACAAAAACAAACACCUCCCCCAGAAAUAUUAACUUUCCAAAGAGAGCAGUAUUAACCUGUCUCAUUACACAUUCAGAAACUGUUGAAUCUAUGUAAACACAUGUUGUUGUUCAAAAAUACUAACCGAAGAGACAGUUCAUUUUUUAAAAAGUGCCCGUUUUGAUAUACAGUCAUAGAUAUACUGUAGCAAUGCUUCUUAGCAACACAGCAAUUCCUACAUUCACCACAAGCCACCUUCUUAUAGGGACAGCAUCAGCUGGUAACAGUUUCUAUUGUGGUUCUGUCCAUGUCUACAGUCAAUCCCAGUUUACAGCAGGUUAAAUAAAUCAUUGCAGAUUAUAUAUCUGUCUUUCCAGGAUGUGCCCAAUACGAGUGAAUACAAGUGCAUAAGAAUCGUUAACUUUACUCUGUAGCUAUUGUCCACACAAAGCCAGAUGAUACGUUAACUAGCGACACAUGAGCUGUAAGACAAAGUGUCGGAAUAGUGGUAAUAGAAGUAUAUCUAUUCAGUUAAAUCCUCAAUCUACCUAUAAUUGACCCUUACUGAUUACACUGAUAAGUUGUGUAAACAGUAAACGUAACUGUGCAUUUGUGCAUUUCAACAUCAGGUUCAGUGGUCCACUCCCACACCUCUGGCUAUGGAAAUCUUGCAUUGAUCCCAACAUUGGUGCGUAUCUCACACAUGCAGUAAUUUACAAUUUACCGGUGACAGUCAUGUCAGAAGGUUUUCAAAUGACUCUCUUCUAGGAAUCAUUGCUUUUCUUUUUCAGGUCUCACUCUUGCUGCUGUGGUGUCAGGGCUGCUGA